AUGGAUCAAAGGUAUCAUUAUGCUUCUCAUGUAUGGGACAAUGAAAAUGGCUGCUGCUCUGGCUCAUCUGCAGAGAAGAAGCUGAGGUUAUUCGGGUUUGAACUUAACCCGACCGCCAUUAACGAUCCUGAGACAAGCUCCUUCAAGAAUAAUACUGAAGGAGACCAUGAGAGCGUAAACUCAUCCAACACAGAUACAUCUUCGACAGAUCAGAAACUACCCAGAAAGGAUUGCAAAAGCUCGCUGGCCGACAUCAACGCCGACAAGAAAUUCGAGUGUCAAUACUGCUUCAAAGAAUUCGGUAACUCCCAGGCACUUGGGGGUCACCAGAAUGCGCAUAAGAAAGAGAGGAUGAAGAAAAAGAGGCUGCAACUUCAAGCUAGACGAGCCACCAUCAAUUCUUAUCUUCAACCGGUACACAACAGUUUUAGCUUCGUGAGUUAUAGUAAAAACAGCCAUGGAUCUUCUGCUGUUGCAGAUCCAUGGUUGUAUGAUCCUUCUUUGUUGAACAGUACUGCACCUGAUCAUGAUCAAUUCUGUCUUUAUGAAGAAUCUCAGAUAAGCUUCAACCCUUAUGAUCGUCAUCGAUAUAACCAAGAGAAUAAUAAUUCAUUUAAGUGGGAUAAUAAUCUUCAUCAGUAUAACGUGAUCGGUUUUCAGCAAGAUUCACGUACUUUCAGUUUGACACAUGGCCAGAAAUCGGGUGAUCAGCAUAUGCCUGCAGCUGCAGCCAUGGCGAAGCCUUCUUCAAAGCAAAGCUGUAAGUCCCUGGAUCUUCAUUUGGGGCUCAGCUUGGAAGUGGAAAAUAAUUAA